AGAGCGUGGGGAAAGAAGGAGCCCUCCCCAAAUCCUCCCUCCUCCGCGUCAGCGGCGGCAUGGACGAGGCAGAGGAGGAGGAGCAGCUGCCGCCGCCGCCGCCGCCGCCCCUGCCGCCCCGCACCGGCCCGAGGUGCGGCCCCUGGCAGCGCAGGCUCAACGAGAUCCCAGUCAUUUCAUUCGAUGUGAACUGUUCCGUUGCUGAUUAUGUCGUUUUUAUGACAUUGAGGUUCACAAGAGCCGGUCUUCUCGCUCCAUUCAGCUAUUGUGGUGCACCCGUCACCCCACACAAGAAUCCCAGGGCUAGAGAGAAGAAGGGUGGCAAGGAGAUCGAUGACAGUGGAGUGUUUUAUCAUAUCAUUGAGCUGUUUAACUCCCUUGAGGAAGAUGAUCGCUCGUUACGUGUGCAACUCUUGGUGUCAGACUAUGAUGGCUAUAUGGUUGCAAUCAGACGCAGGGUGCUCAACACUUGGGGGGCAUGGGGCAGAUUCAAUCAUCUCUAUGUGCCUAGUUGGUUAAACUCGGAGGACAUGGGCGUAGAUGCUUCUCAUAAUAAGAAGACUACGGUUGGAGGGUCACCACUCAUGCAGAGCAUGUUCUAUGCCCUAGUUCGUCCAAAUCGCAGCAAGGAUGAGAUAAGAAAAGCUGCUCUUCGUGCUAUAGUAAUCUUCAUUGAGGCCUUCAGACUCUCGUGCAUCUUAAGACUCGUCAUGGGCGCCAUGAGGACUGGCAAAGAGACUCCUCUGGAACCAUAUCACUGGGAACGGAUAAACAGCUGGGGACACUUAUGCAAAUUUACACUGCAGAGGGCAAAGUACGGUCAGGUGGAGAGUCCUAAUGUUCUGGAAAGGAUGAUGAACACUUGCAAUUACACAAGUUUUGACGAGAUCAUCGGAGAAAAUGGUGACUUAACAUGGUUAAUGAGGGAUGAGGGUACUUUACUUGAUGAUGAGCUAAAGCGGUGGCUGCUGCGCAGGGGCGCAGGUACAGACAUCGCCAAUCCUGAUUUCGAUGCAGCUGCAGCUGCUGUUGCUCCUGAUGAUGGUCAACAUGAGGAUGAUGAUUAGGUGAGAAGCUGAUGGGCGGUGCCGGCUACAAACUGAUGGGAUGUGAAACCUUUUCUGUCUGUGCAUAAGUAUUUGUGAUGUCAGUUCCUAUUUGGAACGCCAAAAACUUCUUGCUCUUAUCUCUGUGAUGUACUUGGCAGAUUGGAAACUUGUCU